AAAACACGCAACAACGAUAUGGCUGCACCACUCCGCGUUCUCCUGAUUGGCAAUGGCGGCCGUGAGCACACUCUCGCGUGGAAGCUCUCGCAGAGCCCUCGCGUGGAGGAGAUUCAUAUUGUGCCUGGCAACGGAGGAACAGCUGGCGUACCGAAAUGCAAGAACAUCACAAAUGUUUCUUCUGAAGUCUUCUCCCAGCUCGUCGCUCAUGCAAAGGAGCACAAUCUCAAUUUCCUCGUGCCUGGCCCUGAAGCUCCACUUGUUGCUGGCAUCGUGGACUAUUUUGCCCAACAUGCCCCGCAUAUCAAAGCGUUUGGUCCAUCGCUGGCUGCUGCACGAAUGGAAGGCAGCAAGACCUUCAGCAAAGAUUUCAUGAAGAAGCACAACAUUCCAACAGCAAGAUACGAGAACUUUGAUGACUACGAAAAAGCCAAGAAGCAUCUCGAUGAGAUCGACUACGAAGUCGUGAUCAAAGCCGACGGACUGGCUGCCGGCAAGGGCGUCAUCAUCCCACAGACCAAGGAAGAAGCGCAGACAGCGCUAAAAGAAAUCAUGAUCGACCACGAAUUUGGCAGUGCAGGUAACAGCGUCGUGAUCGAGGAGUUCUUGACUGGAGACGAGAUUAGCAUUUUGUCGUUGAGUGACGGGACGUCAAUUCUCAGCCUGCCUCCCGCACAAGAUCACAAGCGAAUAGGAGAUGGCGACACUGGCCCUAACACCGGUGGUAUGGGAACCUAUGCGCCUACGCCUGUCGCAACGAAAGAAGUGCUUGCGGAGAUCGAGAAGACCGUCUUGCAGCCAACGAUCCAUGGCAUGAAGGCCGAUGGCAUGACCUUCGUGGGUUGUCUCUUCACUGGCUUUAUGCUCACACCAAAGGGCCCACGAGUGUUGGAGUACAAUGUUCGAUUUGGCGAUCCAGAAACUCAGUCAUGCUUGGCUUUGCUCAAGUCAGACCUUGCAGAGCUCAUGCUCGCCGCCACGAACGGGACGCUUUCUUCUCAGUCGAUCGAUAUCGCACCUCUGAGUGCAUGUACUGUUGUGGUAGCAGCUGGAGGGUAUCCCGGUAGCUACCCCAAGGGUACCCCGAUGCAGGUUGAGAAGGUGAACGAGGCUGAGGGCAACUUCGUCUUCCACGCUGGAACUGGCGUCAAAGACGGCCAGCUGGUGACCACUGGAGGGCGAGUCAUUGCGGCUACAUCUACAGGGAGCACACUGCGUGAGGCAGUUGACAAAGCCUACCAAGGCGUGCAGAGCAUCAAGUUUGAGGGGAUGCAGUUCCGAAAAGAUAUCGCGCAUCGUGCGUUGCGGUAGAUCUGGACGUGGCUAGGAUAGAUGGCCACGAUCAAUACAAAUGAUACAUAAAUACUGCCUGCAGCGAUAGCAUUUAUUGCUGGUCGAUGAGACACCGCUUUGACUAAUGGCUCCGCCUUUGCUGCAACACUGUACAAACAUAAAUGGGCAUAACCCGGGAAUAAUUUCUGACCCCAGCACAAGCC